AUGGAGCGUAAAAUAAACAGAAGAGAAAAAGAAAAGGACUAUGAAGGGAAACACAACAGCCUGGAAGAUGCUGACCAGGGAAAGAACUGCAAAUCCACUCUGAUGACCCUCAACGUUGGUGGAUACUUAUACAUCACUCAGAAACAAACACUGACCAAGUACCCAGACACUUUCCUUGAAGGUAUAGUCAAUGGAAAAAUUCUCUGCCCGUUUGAUGCCGAUGGUCAUUAUUUCAUAGACAGGGAUGGGCUCCUCUUCAGGCACGUUCUAAACUUCCUACGAAAUGGAGAACUUCUACUGCCCGAAGGGUUUCGAGAAAAUCAACUUCUUGCACAAGAAGCAGAAUUCUUUCAGCUCAAGGGACUGGCGGAGGAAGUGAAGUCCAGGUGGGAAAAAGAACAGCUGACACCCAGGGAGACCACUUUCUUGGAAAUAACAGAUAACCAUGAUCGCUCACAGGGACUGAGAAUCUUCUGUAAUGCUCCGGAUUUCAUAUCAAAAAUAAAAUCUCGCAUUGUCCUGGUGUCCAAAAGCAGGCUGGAUGGCUUUCCUGAGGAGUUUUCUAUAUCGUCAAAUAUCAUUCAAUUUAAAUACUUCAUAAAGUCUGAAAAUGGCACUCGACUUGUACUGAAGGAAGACAACACCUUUGUCUGCACCUUGGAAACUCUUAAGUUUGAGGCCAUAAUGAUGGCCUUAAAGUGUGGUUUUAGACUGCUGACAAGCCUGGACUGCUCCAAAGGGUCAAUUGUUCACAGCGAUGCACUUCAUUUUAUCAAGUAA